AAAACACAAAUAUAUGAAAACAUGACAUUUACUAAAUAAUUAUCAAUUGAAAAAAAAAAUAAACCCGCGCUUUGAGAGCGCGGAUCAAAAUCUACUAUUCUUUAAAACUACAACAAUCGUGCUGAUGCCCUAGUAAAGGAAACGAGAACGAAAUACAUUUAUUUCUCCAUAUAAACUAGACAAGGCACAGUUUGGUAGAUUUCUUUUUUUGGAAUAAUUUUAUUGUCGACUAAAACUUCGUUUAAAAUAUGGAUAACUGACCCCAAAAAAGUAACCUCAUAAUUAAUUGAUAUGCGUAGUCGGCAGUUGUGUUAUGUUAACAAAAUAGAAAUACCACAUAUACAACUUGAAAGAUAAAAGAAAAGAAAAUUAGGUUAAUGAUGGAGACAUUCCUCCACACAUAUUGCUUCUCUUGCGUCGUCACUCAUGUAUUUUUUUUUUUGGUAUAAGUCACUCAUGUAUUCCCUUUUGUGUUUGAUUAAUUUGCGGCUUUAUACGUGUUUAGCAUUUUACUAUAUGCUUGUACACUAUAUAUAAAUAAACACAGAUAUGGAUAAAACAUUGAAAACAAAAGCAUUUUCCUUCACGUUUGUAUUUCAUAUUGAUUAAAAAAAUUUAUAUGUUCGUUGUAUAUCUAUAAUCUAUAAAUAUAUAAAGAAUAAUUUAAAUACAUGUUUAUACCUUUUUCAAAAAAAAAAGUGUUUAUACCUAAACGUUACACAUACAUAAUCAACCUAAACUUGAUUAACCAAUACCACAAUCACAAAUUCCAAUCUAAUGAUAGACUCUUCUAUAAAUCAAAGAAGCCUUUACGUAGACACACAUAUUUCAUACUCCUGAUUACCAAAAAAAAUCAACACAUACUUAUGCAGAAUACAUAUUAAUUCAUUAUCAUGUUUGAAACAUAUCAACAAACAAACUUACUUCUUGACGAUUUGACGACUGCAUGACAAUGGAUUGACAUUUAUCUUUGUUCAACCGUAAAGAUAGAAAUAAAUUGGACUUCAAAUAUUUAUCUAAAUAUUGAAAUAAAUUACUUUGGAAUUGUUUUCUUCAAUUAAGAGGCAUACUAAAAAAACACUCUUCCUUUUUCGAACAUGACCCAUCAUCUAAUCAAGUUUUCUCAUUUGAAUUCUUUUUAUUCAUCUCAUUAUCCUGUGAUUUCUUAUUAUCAUUUUAGUUUGCAUACAAAAAGGGUACACCUGCUUUGUCCGUAUUUAACUAUUGUUUGAUUCUUACUCCAAUCAUGAAAAAGACGGCUGCAUAUACAUACAUUGUUAUUAAUGUAGAUUCCAAUGUUGAGCGUUUAAGGUUCUUUUCUUCUCUAUGUUUUAAGGUUCAUGAUUCAUAUAUAUUCUGUAAAGGCUACAUAUUUAUAAUAUCUAAGUAUAUAAAUUAUGUAUAACAUCCCUAACAUUGUUUAUCUUCUAAAUGAAUAUCAUCUAAAUCAAACAAAUCAAAACAACUACAGAGAAAUAGUUACUACCAUUAGUUUGUUUAUCCAUUACUAAAAUUAAAUAUGAUGCUUUUCACUUUAUUUUGAAGUAAGUUUGAACUAUAUCAUCUAUAAAUUGAGCUGUGUAGUCAAGAAUAUGUUCAAUUGAUUGAUAUAAAAUAUAAAAUAAUACUAUAUACAUAAUUUGAUCAAAACUGAUAAACAACUCAUUCGUAAAUAUUUGAAUUAAUUGAUUUCGAUGCCUUUCAAUCUAAUUACUAAUUAGUAAGAUACUAAUAGUUAAAAUCAGUUUAAAAUCGGCCGGUCAGUUUUUUUGUCACAAUCGGCCGGUCAACUAAAGUUAAAGAUUGAUCAAUGUGUAACAGAUCUGUAUAUUUAUUUUCCUUUCCUUUUAUGGUUAUUUAAUUAUAUUAAACUAUAUUUUUAUCUGGUUCCUCCAUGUUUUUUGACGUUUCCAAGACUGCAAGACAUCUUACAUACCUUAGAGCACAAAUAAUUACAAAUAUAUAGGAAACAAAAUUCAUAGUCAUCCUCGCACAGAGAGAUACAUAAGCACACACGUAUAUAAUAUAUAGACAUGAUUCAUGAAUAUGAUGUCAUCAUAAGCAUGUAUAAAUAAAAGAGCUGCGUGUGCAAUAUCAUCGCUCAUCAUCAUCACUGAUGAGAAUGUAAACAUGUUUGUUUGAAGACAUUCUUCUUCCUCUUUUAAGUGUUAUCUCCAAGGUUGGUUUGAAGACGAUAUUCUUCUUCAUCCUUCAGGAAUUUAUAUCUACAAGUUGUUGUUUCUUAUUCCGGACAGCUUUUGAAGUCGUCUCUUUGGUUUUUUCACAAGUCAAAGCUAAGUAAGACGUUAGCAACGACUCUUCUCGCCGGUAACCGCCGUCUACACGGCGGAAAAUUAUCAGUAAUGUCACGCACUUCCGCCACCUCCACCACUCCUUCCCGCGUGAGAGCCGCGAAUUCACACUACUCGGUCAUUUCUAGAACUAGAGCGCAAGACGACAGCAGUAAACCGAAAUCUUCCGGUCACGAUCCGGUUAAGAACCGGCGAUCAUCUCUGCUCAAGAGAGCAAACUCCAGAGAGGAGGAUACGGCGGUUCUGGCGCCUCAGAGAGCUCGGUCUGUAAACCGUCCGGCGGUGGUAGAGCAAUUCGGUUGUCCGAGGCGGCAAAUAUCUAGGAGGAGCGAUGAAGCAGCAAUGACUGCUGCUGCGGCGGCGGCGACGGCGGCGGAGGAAGAUGAGAAGAGAAAGAAAAUGGAGGAGAAGCUUGGAGUGAACGAGUCACUGAUUAAAGAUUUGCAAGCGCAGGUUUUGAGUUUGAAGACAGAGCUAGAGGAAGCUCGUAACUCAAACGCAGAGCUUGAGUUAAAGAACAAGAAGCUUUCUCAAGAUCUUGUUUCAGCUGAAGCUAAGAUCUCAUCUCUUUCUUCUAACGACAAGCCAGCUAAAGAACAUCAGAACACAAGAUUCAAAGAUAUACAGAGGCUAAUAGCUAGCAAAUUGGAGCAAUCCAAGGUUAAAAAGGAGGUGGUGGUAGAGUCAUCAUCAAGAUCAUCUCCACCAUCACCUUCUCCUUCAAGACCGCCGUUUCCAAAGUUUUUGGUAUCUCCAGCUAAAAGAGAUGAAGCUUCAUCACCUAUUGCACCACCAACACCACCACCUCCUCCGCCACCACCACCACCUAGGCCUCUCGCCAAAGCAGCACGUGCCCAAAAGUCACCUCCAGUUUCACAGCUGUUUCAGUUGCUGAAAAAGCAAGAUAACACUAGGGACCUUUCGCCGUCUGUUAAUGGAAACAAGUCUCAGGUUAACAGUGCUCACAAUAGUAUAGUUGGAGAAAUUCAAAACCGUUCCGCCCAUCUCAUCGCUAUAAAAGCUGACAUUGAGACAAAAGGAGACUUUAUCAAUGAUCUUAUCCAGAAAGUUCUGACCACUUGUUUUUCGGAUAUGGAGGAUGUUGUGAAGUUUGUGGAUUGGCUUGAUAACGAACUAGCAACUCUGGCUGAUGAGCGAGCUGUGCUUAAGCAUUUCAAGUGGCCUGAGAGGAAAGCUGAUGCCUUACAAGAGGCUGCAGUUGAGUACCGAGAGCUAAAGAAACUGGAGAAAGAACUUUCUUCCUACUCCGAUGAUCCGAGCAUUCACUACGGUGUUGCCUUGAAGAAAAUGGUCAACUUAUUAGACAAGUCGGAGCAAGGGGUAAGGAAGCUAGUCAGGCUACGCGGCUCGUCCAUGCGUUCUUAUCAAGACUUUAAAAUCCCAGUCGAGUGGAUGCUUGACUCGGGAAUGAUAAGUAAGAUCAAAAGAGCAUCGAUCAAACUUGCUAAAACCUACAUGAAUAGAGUUGCAAACGAGCUAGAAUCAUCUCGUAACAUGGAUAGAGAGUCUACUCAAGAAGCGUUACUUCUCCAAGGAGUCCGGUUCGCUUACAGAACGCACCAGUUUGCGGGAGGGCUGGAUCCAGAGACAUUGUGUGCAUUAGAAGAGAUAAAGCAACGUGUUCCUGGCCAUCUCCGGCUCGCACGAGGGAAUUUGGCCGGAGCUCCGUCGUAGAAAAGUAACCGAGUAUUAUGAGGAAUAUGUCCUUUGGUUUUGGUUAUAAAAUAAUUGUUAUUUGCGUUAAUAGUAUUUGUUGAGUGAGUUGUGUCCCACAAGCCACGUAAUAAUAAUGUUAAAUGUAUCUAAACGUGUUAUAGUGAAAUUACUCAAAAUAUUUUGUGAACUAUAUACAGUUAUACACAGAACGUCUACACUUUCUGAAGCACCCUCCAUCGAAUCUUUCUCAAAUUUGGGGCUUAAUUUAAAGCAAUAUUAUCUUCUAUCAACGCAAGUUGAUGAGGCUAAAAGAGCUGGCUUCAAAAAAUGAAAUUGACGAUCCGACGGCUGAGAGAAUGAAUAUUGAUUUUGGACAAAGGGAGAUUAAAAAUCAAACGGCUCAAGGCGUUUAAAUAUGGGAAAUUGGCACCAAUGACCACCAUAAACAAAAAUAUCUUUAGCAAAAUAACCAUAAGAAUUUAAUGACUAGAAUAUGAUGAUAAAAAAAAACCUAAUGACUAGAAAAUACUGAGUGUAUAUUAUACAUUUUUUAGACGGAGUAAGGGUUUCGUACAGUGAUUGAUUUACGAUGGAAUAAUGUGAUUCAAUGGUUGAUUUCCAUCUUACCGUGAUGUGUAUUUUUAAAUAUAAGAUAUGAAUUAUAUAGAAAGCUCAUACGAAUAAAUAAUACUAAAAAUAUUAAUAUUACAUUCAGAAGUAACUUUAGAAAAGAGACAGAGAAUCAAUAAAAAUUUAGUAGAAGUGGAGAAAAAUAAAUUUCUUCUUAGAAAUAUCAUAGGAUAACACAUCAAUACUAUUAAAGAGAAGGAUUCAUAAAAAAAUUACCUACAAAAGUUGUUUGGACCUUUUUUUUUUUGUCCAACCUAUAAUAUAAAACCAAAUAUCAUAACAUGACUUUAUUAUAGCAAUAACUUAAAAUUUAUUACAUUUUAAUAAAUAACCCACGAUUUCCAAUAUUUACUAUAAGGACAACUAAUAUUUUUUUACAUUUUAGUAACCCACAUUAUUUCAAUCACACGAAUGUACAAGAUAUCUUGACUUUUAAAACAUUUAAUUUGAACUCUUGACUUUUUGAAAAUUUGAUUUAAAAUAUAUCAAAUGUUUCAUAUGUUAGUUUAUACCAACAUCCUUUAACAUUUCUACAUUAUAUCAAAGGAGAUAAAAUGUUUCGAAACAUAGGGUUCAUGUUUGGAUCUGCGGGUCUGGGUCCUUCUGAUCCUAAACGUUUUGACAUAACUAAAUAUUUUAAAAUCUACAGUUUAAGUUAGGGUCGGUUCUUUUUGGUUCCGGAUUGGUUUAGACUCAUAAUUCAAUUAUCUGUAAAAUAAAUUUAAUUUUUGAAUACAUAGCAUGUUUAGAUUGGUUUGGGUAUUAGAAAAAAACACGGAGUACCCAAAACACAAAAAAUACUUGAAACAUAAAAAUACCCGAAAUCCAAACAAAUACCUGAAAAA